GACCCAUACGUGACCAGGAGAGUGGGGAAUUACUCACGUGACCAGGAGACUGGGGAAUUACUCGCGUGACCAGGAAAGUGGGGAUUUAUUCGUUUCUUCCAGAGGAGAUCAUGGAUGAACUUGAGGAAAGAUGCCUCGUGGACAACGGGGAGGCAAUUCUGAACAAGAAGGCUGUCUACGAGCCAUCCAAGACGCAGCGCUUCCGUCAGAUCGUCUGCUCGCGCGGAGUGGCUGCCUGCAUCCUGGUCGCCAUGGGCAUCCUCAUGGUAGCCAUCGCCGUCAUCGCAGCCUUUGCGCGCCCUGCCUCGCUCUCCGACUCGUGCGGCGCUCCCAGCAGCAGCGGAAGUGACGCGUCCUCGGGCCACGGCGCGGCCAAGACGUACAUCUCCACCAAUGGCGAGCCGUUCCCCUGGAAGAGCCUGCGCCUGCCCCGUAGCGUGUCCCCUGAGGCCUACAGCAUCUACCUGAACCCCAACGUGAGCGAGUCGUGGUACAGCGGCCGCGUGAGCAUGGAGCUCCGCGUGGACCGCCCCACCGACUUCCUGGUCUUCCACAGCUCCAAGGUCACCGUCUCCGAGGUGCAUGUGUCCUUGAAGCGGCGGGCCGGCCCCGUGGACGCGGGCGGGGUGGACGUGAGGGAGGUGGAUCUGGGUCAGGACCUGGAGGUGCUCAAGGUGUUGGAGUAUCCGGGCAACGAGCAGGUGAGAAUGUUUGCCCCGGAGGAUAAAAUCUACAUGGGCAGCUACGCGCUGGAGGCGGCGGUCACUGUACUAGAGCGGUACAACACGUUCUUUGGAGUGCGCUACCCCCUGCGGAAACUAGAUCUGAUCGCUAUUCCGAACUUCUCGGCGGGCGCCAUGGAGAACUGGGGCCUGGUCACUUUCCGCGACACAUCGGUGCUCUACGACCCAAGCAAGGACACGGAGGGAGCCAAACAGUGGGUGGCUAUUGUUGUGGCUCACGAGCUGGCUCAUCAGUGGUUCGGAAACCUGGUCACCAUGGAGUGGUGGGAUGACCUGUGGCUUAACGAAGGUUUCGCCUCGUUUGUCGAGUACAUCGGAGCUGACACGGUGGACAAGGAGUUCCGUAUGAUUGAGUUGGCCUUUGACAGCAUCUCUUACUCUAAGGGAGCGUCGCUGAUCCGCAUGCUGCAGAGUGUUGUCGGAGACGAGGCCUUCAAGUCUGGGCUGUCUGCCUACCUGAGGAAGUAUUCCUACAGCAACGCUCGCACCAGCGACCUGUGGCAGGCCUUUCAGGAGGCCAGUGACCUCCCAAGUGACCUGAGUGUGUCAAAGGUCAUGGACACGUGGACCAAACAGAUGGGCUACCCUGUGGUCCUGAUGAGCCGCGACAAAGGGAAGCUACAGCUGAUGCAGGAACGCUUUCUCAUCUCCGGCGAGAAGUCUGCGGUUGACGACGGCAAGUUUACCUCCCCUUUUGGGUACACAUGGCAUGUGCCCUUCACCUUCCGCACGUCUUCCAACCCGAGGGAGAAGACACUCAUCUGGCUACGUCGAGGGUCAGCAUCGGCGGAGAUCCCGGACAGUGAGGCAUUGUGGGUGACAGGAAACACAGAUGGCAAGGGUUACUACCGUGUUCAGUAUGACCCAGCGGGCUGGCAGGCCAUCAUACGACAGUUGAAGGAGGAUCACACGUGCGAGCGUUCCUGAUUGGCCUGGCGAUUGUGUCAGAGUACCAGCCAGCGGUGAGCAGAGCCCUGGAGCUGUUCCACAACUGGGUGGAGGAAAAACCCUUCAGCGUACUCAAUGACCUCCGGGGCUCUAUCUACUCUGUCGGUCUUCGCUAUGGCAACCACUCGGAAUGGAACCUUGUCUUGCAGCGGUACCAGAAGGAGAAGACCCCGUCGGAGCGGAGGACCCUGUUGUCUGCGCUGGCUGCUACCCGAGAUGCCCGCAUCCUUCAGACACUCCUGGAGCACAGUAUGGACGGUGUGACGGUCAAGUCUCAGGACACGGGCACGGUCAUCACAAACGUGGCCGCCAACACCAACGGUCAACUGUUGGCUUGGAGGUUCUUCCGACAGCGCUGGGACGACAUCUUUGCCAGGUACGGCAAAGACGCCUUCCUCCUGUCCUCCACACUCAAGUCUGUGACGGACUCCUUCAACACCAAGUUCGACUACGAUGAGAUCGCGACUUUCUUCAAGGGUCGGGACGUGGGCAGUGCUCAGCUGGCUCUCCAACAGUCUCUGGAGAUCGUGCAGAAUCACAUCGAUUGGGCCGAGGGGAAUCUCCAGACCAUCAAGAGCUGGCUGAAAACCAACGUCCGCAGCACUCCUGCCAAGUGAAGAGGGGGACCAAGAGUCACCGCCUCGUUCUGUCAUUAUCUUCGUCCUUUUGGCGCGCCACUUAACCCUUUCACUACCGGGAUCCAUGUUUCAUGGCUCACUACUUUCUUCUUCAAAACGACACCUACUUUUGUAAUAAUCCAAUUUGUAGUCUCAGGCUGAAGAAUGAUCGUUUUUAGCAACAAGCUGAGAUUGGUAAAUUUUUCCCGUUAAUUUUCAAAUAUGUGGCUUAUAUUGAAAAUUGAACUCAAAAUCUUUAAUUUGUCCGAAGGUAGGCAGAAUCAAAAUGUAGCUCACAGAUGGGGCCCAGUUCAGGUGAUGACGCCAGCCCCCCUCCCCCGCUCCCUGUAGUGAAAGAGUUAACCCUUUCCACACUGUUUGUCGCAUACUGAGCCAUAAAUAUAUAUAUAUAUAUAUAUUAUACACGUGUGUGUCAUCAUGGUAAAAUCCGGCGCUCGUCAAAUUAAUAAAAUCAAAGGAUCCCUCAUUUUUCCACCUCAGGGGCAAGUUUUGAUUGAUUUUUUUUUUGGUUCUGAUUGGACUCAACCCCAUUUAUUUCUAUUUAAAGAAACGUAUUCCUCCGUGGAUUUUACUAGAAAAACAUUUCAAGAUCAAAGGCUCAAGUAAAAGUAAAAUUGCAGUUUCCAAGGACACUCAGGCUUGGGAAAUCACCCAACUCAUGCUGGGAAAUCACCCAACUCAUGCUGGGAAAUCACCCAACUCAUGCUGGGAAAGUUCAGUCUUCUAGCUCAAUCCAGAAAUGUUUUGUUCUUGGUUGACAUUAGAGCUGAUCAUUUUGGGUGUGGUGCCAUCAAAAUUAUCUUUGAAAGACUUGUUUGUAUUUUUAAAAAAAUUAUUUUGUCUGAUGUUUAGAUAUAUUUUCUUUGAUUGUAAUCUGUUGUGUUGUGAUGCUUUUGACGUGUUUUUUUUUUUGUUCUGUUUAUUUAUAAUAAUGAUUAUUCUGUUAUUAGUGAGAUUAUGUACAAUUCUAUAUUUACUUUAGUGGCUACUUCUGUAUUUAUAUAUAUAUCACGGCGUCACUUUUCGCCCGAUUCUGUUACUUUUAGUUCGCGUGACUCAGCAGCCCG